UCACGUUGCCUGUUUCACGGGAGUAGUUGUAAUAGUCUUCACACCGCAGGGUUGAAACUGCCCUGUGGAAGAAAGAAAAAGAAACUUUUGUAGAGGGUGUUUGGGAGAAAACUGCCUUAGGUGGUAGUAGAGCAACUUAUUCUUCUGUUGGAUAGUGAAAUAAAGUUGCCACCAUGCCGGUGUUUCACACAAAGACGAUAGAAAGUAUCCUGGAGCCGGUGGCCCAGCAGAUAUCCCAUCUGGUGAUCAUGCACGAAGAGGGGGAAGUGGACGGGAAAGCUAUUCCAGACCUGACCGCCCCGGUGGCUGCAGUGCAGGCGGCUGUCAGCAACCUUGUUCGUGUGGGGAAAGAGACUGUACAAACCACAGAGGACCAGAUAAUGAAAAGGGACAUGCCACCGGCUUUUAUCAAAGUGGAGAAUGCGUGCACUAAACUGGUGCAGGCUGCUUCCAUGCUGAAGGCCGAUCCAUACUCUGUUCCUGCUCGGGAUUACCUCAUUGAUGGCUCUCGGGGCAUCCUCUCUGGGACUUCUGACCUGCUCCUGACCUUUGACGAGGCCGAGGUCCGCAAAAUAAUCCGUGUGUGCAAAGGCAUCCUGGAGUACCUGACGGUGGCAGAGGUGGUGGAGUCUAUGGAGGACUUGAUCACGUACACGAAGAACCUGGGACCAGGGAUGACAAAGAUGGCAAAGAUGAUAGAUGAGCGACAGCAGGAGCUGACACAUCAGGAGCACCGUGUGAUGUUGGUCAACUCUAUGAACACAGUCAAAGAGCUGCUGCCCAUCCUCAUCUCAGGUAUCAAAAUCUUUGUGACAACCAAAACAUCUGGCAGCCAGGGUGUGGAGGAGGCCUUGAAGAACCGUAACUUCACCUUUGAGAAGAUGAGCGGAGAGAUAAACGAGAUCAUCAGAGUGCUGCAGCUGACGUCCUGGGACGAGGACGCCUGGGCCAACAAGGACACAGAGGCCAUGAAGAGGGCUCUGGGGCUUAUCGACUCAAAGAUGGGUCAGGCUAAGAACUGGCUGCGGGAUCCAAAUGCUCAACCAGGGGACGUAGGCGAGCAGGCCAUCCGCCAGAUCCUUGAUGAAGCGGGGAAAGUUGGUGAACUGUGUGCUGGGAAGGAGCGCAGAGAUAUCCUGGGCACAGCCAAGACCCUGGGCCAGAUGACCGACCAGGUGUCUGACAUGAGGGCCAGAGGUCACGGGGCAGCCCCGGCCGCAAUGCAGAAGGCGCAGCAGGUUUCCCAGGGGCUUGACGUGCUAACUGGCAAGGUGGAAAAUGCCGCUCGCAAGCUGGAGGCCAUGACUAACUCCAAGCAGGUCAUCGCCAAAAGGAUCGAUGCUGCACAGAACUGGCUGGCAGACCCGAACGGCGGGCCAGAGGGAGAAGAGAACAUCAGGGGCCUGCUUACUGAGGCCAAAAAGAUUGCAGACAUGUGUGAAGACCCGAAAGAAAGAGAUGACAUCUUGCGGUCUAUUGGAGAGAUCGCUGCCAUGACUGCCAAACUGUCUGAUCUCAGAAGACAGGGUAAAGGUGACACUCCUGAAGCCAGAGCUUUGGCUAAACAGAUCGCAACAGCUCUGCAGAACCUGCAGUCCAAGACCAACAAAGCUGUGGCCAACAGCAGGCCUGCAAAGGCAGCUGUUCACUUGGAAGGAAAGAUUGAGCAGGCACAGCGCUGGAUUGACAAUCCCACCAUAGAUGACAGCGGUGUGGGCCAGGCAGCCAUCCGCGGGCUGGUGGCCGAGGGCCACAGGCUGGCCAACGCUCUGCCAGGGCCAUACAGGCAGGAGCUGCUGGGUAAGUGUGAGCAGGUGGAGCAGCUCAUGGCCCAGCUGGCCGACCUGGCUGCCCGCGGUGAAGGGGACUCCCCUCAGGCUAGAGCUGUUGCUCAGCAGCUCCAAGAGGCUUUGAAAGACCUAAAAGGAAAGAUGCAAGAGGCGAUGACUCAAGAGGUGUCAGACAUCUUCAGCGACACCACCACCCCAAUCAAGUUACUGGGAGUGGCCGCCACCGCUCCUCUGGAGGCCCCCAACAGAGAUGAGGUCUUUGACGAAAGGGCUGCCAACUUUGAGAACCACGCCAAUAAGCUUGGCACCACAGCAGAGAAGGCUGCUGCUGUCGGCACUGCCAACAAAAGCACUGUGGAGGGAAUCCAGGCUGCUGUCAAGUCGACAAGAGACUUAACACCACAAGUGGUAUCUGCUGCUCGUAUUCUGCUGAGAAACCCUGGCAACCAAGCAGCAUAUGAACAUUUUGAAACCAUGAAGAAUCAGUGGAUUGACAAUGUGGAGAAAAUGACAGGUUUGGUGGACGAGGCCAUCGAUACCAAAUCCUUGCUGGACGCAUCAGAGGACGCCAUCAAGAAGGACCUUGAAAAGUGCCGUUUGGCCAUGGCCAACCACCAGCCUCAGAUGCUGGUCGCUGGCGCCACCAGCAUCGCCCGCAGAGCCAACCGUAUCCUCCUGGUGGCGAAGAGAGAGGUGGAGAACUCUGAGGAUCCUAAAUUCAGGGAGAUGGUGAAGGCUGCAUCUGAUGAACUGAGCCAGACAAUUUCUCCCAUGGUGAUGGAUGCCAAAGCUGUGGCUGGAAAUAUCCAUGAUCCAAGUCUUCAGAAAGGCUUUCUGGACUCAGGUUAUAAGAUUCUUGGUGCUGUGGCAAAGGUCAGGGAGGCAUUCCAGCCCCAAGAGCCAGACUUCCCACCACCUCCUCCUGAACUGGAUCAGCUUAAUCUCAACGAUGAGGCAGCACCACCCAAACCUCCUCUUCCUGAGGGUGAGGUUCCUCCUCCCAGGCCUCCUCCCCCAGAGGAGAAAGAUGAGGAGUUCCCUGAGCAGACUGGUGAUAUGGUUAACGAGCCCAUGAUGGUGGCUGCCAGGCAGCUCCACGAUGAAGCACGCAAAUGGUCCAGUAAAGUAAGCGAACACCGAAAAUGGAUGAAUGGACUUUUUUACGUCGGAAUGCUACACAUUCAUAUUGAUUUACGUUCCUGUUGUACCUCACAGGGAAAUGACAUCAUCGGUGCCGCCAAACGAAUGGCCUUGCUCAUGGCUGAGAUGUCUCGUCUGGUGCGCGGAGGCAGCGGAAACAAGCGCGCCCUCAUCCAAUGCGCCAAAGACAUCGCUAAGGCUUCGGAUGAAGUCACGCGGCUGGCCAAGGAGGUGGCCAAGCAGUGCACUGACAAACGCAUCCGGACCAACCUGCUCCAGGUGUGCGAGCGCAUUCCUACCAUCAGCACUCAGCUCAAAAUCCUGUCCACAGUCAAGGCCACCAUGUUGGGUCGUACCAACAUCAGUGAAGAGGAGUCAGAGCAGGCUACCGAGAUGUUGGUCCACAAUGCUCAGAACCUGAUGCAGUCUGUGAAGGAGACCGUCAGGGAGGCUGAGGCAGCUUCCAUUAAGAUCCGUACAGAUGCUGGUUUCACCCUGCACUGGAUCAGAAAGACCCCCUGGUACCAGUAAGAGAAGGGCCACUGUUCCUAUGCUUGAUGCUGGUUCUCUCCAGCUGUCCAGGAGGACAUUGAAUGGACAGAUAGAUACUUUAUCGGAGCUAUGAUAUCAGUGCCCGUCACACUAAUAUGGGUGAACCUUCUCUAUUAGUCCCAUAUCCUGUCUGUAACAGUUGCUGUUCUGGUAGAAUGUACACAUUGGGACUAUCAGAGUGAGUUAUGGGUUAGAUUCUUACUGGGGGUGUCUUUUUUUCUAAAGUGUGUAAAAAUAUUGUUUUAAAGCUUAUUUCAACAAAUCGCAGGAACAUAUACUGUAUGUUUUGAUUAGAGGUUGGAUAACAUAUAAUGCAAGGUUGUUUUUUGGCCUCUUCUAGACACAAGCCUUAAGUUAAAUUUAAAUAACUAGAUUUUCUCAAGAGACAUUUUUCUGUCUUUGUACUGCUAAUUGUAUUAUCAUGAUCUUGCAUUCAUCUUUGCUAGGAUAAGCACAUGAACUUGAGGAGCUGUUACAAGUACAGUAUAGGCCGUCUCUUAGCACACGCAAAAUAUACAAUUAUGCCAAGUUUACACUAUUCUGUAUGACCACAAGUAAAAACAAAACACUGUUAAUUAUUUUACAUAUUGUAAUGCAACUGUAGCAUUCUUUAUUUUCUUAAAAGUUCUGCCAAAGACAUUCUGCCUUGAUCUCUGAAAGUGUAGUUGUCGUUCUUUGGUCAGCAAUACAUAUUUUGUUACUCAAAAUAAUUUAUCUUAAAUGUUUGCCAACAGCAGCUAAAGAUAAAACAGAUGCUUGCACUCGACUCCUUCAACUCUUUCUACAUAGGUUCAGGCUAAUAGCCUAAAUAAUUACUCAUAAUUACUUUCACAAGCCCAAACUUGAGCUAACAAAGCUUACUCUUCUAUAAAGAGGCUUGUCUUUUUUUCUUCUCAGCACUGCACACAGUUGUACGUCUCAUGUUGUCUUGUUGUGCACAAUCAUUUGUUUGCGAUAUACGAAUUGCACACUUCUCCAUAAGUAACCAAGGGAAUGACAACAGUUUUAAUAUGAAGCACAGUGUCAUCGUCCGCUGGUGAAAUCUUCACAUUUGUCUCAACACACUAAACAUAACUGGCCACUAUCUGUGGCAACUGUAGUAGAUAUUUUGAAAUGUCUGAAGACCGAUGGUGUGAAUGUGUCUUUUUAAGUAUCUAAAACCAACAGAUGUGCCUUGCGAAGGAACUUUACUUGCCAUUGAUACGAUUUCAUUUACAGAUGUUUUGUAUCAUUAUUACAAGGUAUGCUGGUGUUGAUUUCUUCAAAACAUUUAUUGUACAUGAUUUUUCUAUUAAGUUACACCCGCUUCAUGACUUUUACUGUAAGUCAAAUUAUGCUCUAUGCAAACCAGUGAAAGUUUGUUUAACAAAAUGAUAUCAAAAUUAUGCAACUUGGUUGGGUUAAAUGGGCCGAAACAACAUUUCGCCAAGGCAUUGUUCACAAUUUUGUAAUAAAGCAUUUUAUAGCACUUUG